AUGAGUGACAUCAAGCAAGUGAAAGUGGAUAACUGGGGAAUAUAUUUCCUUCAGAGGUUAAAGCAUUUUUUCAAUCGCACCGAUUAUUGCGAUCUGACUCUGCAAUUUCAAGACAAUGCCCAGCUUAAAGUGCACAGAUUAGUUCUUAAUUCAUGCACAGAAUAUUUUGAAUUACUAGAGAGAACAUGUGAAAUGUAUUCAGAUUGUCUGAUCAUGCCCGAUGACCUGCAGGCCGAUGUGGUUGUACCAAUAGUGAAUUUCAUGUAUACAGGACAGCUUGAGUUUAAAAUGGAUUUACUAGAAAAGCUUUAUCAAACUUCAUUACUCAUGAGUAUGCCUAUUUUAACAAAGCUUCUUGAUGCACAUCGAACUAAACCAGUUUUGUUCGGUAGGCGAUACAGUAGAAGCAAUGAAGAGAAGCUUGCUCCUUCACCAUCAAUUAGUAAUAUACCUAAGAAGCGAACUUUUACAAAGGCAUUUCAAAAUGAGCAGUUGCCUUCUAUAAAAAAGAAACACAGUGUAAACACUGACAAUACCACAUACAGUAAUGGCCUUUACAAUACAGAUUCUACACCAAAACCGCCUGAAAAGUUACAUAAAAAGUACCUAGAUACAGAUCCCAAACCAACUCGAUAUGAGUUACCAGCUGAAUUAGAUGAUGACAAUGUUUUUGAAAAUUCAUUUACAAGUUUGUCUUAUGAAUCUAAACCAUUAAUGGUACAUCCAGAAACAACAAAAUAUUAUACCCCCCGUAAAAGCAGAAUAUUUGAUGAACCUUCCAGUUCUAAGGGGUUUUUAAAGGAUGUAGAGUGUAGAAAAAUAACACAGAGUGAUAUUUUCGAUGAUGUGCCUGAUGGUGAUGUAAAAGUUCUGGUUAACAGAGCUAGUGAAGACAAAAAAGAUACAAACCAACUUUUUGAUCAAAUUUUAACUAGAGAAAAAAAGAUAUCAAUUGAAAAAAAAGAGAAUAAAGACAGCAAUUUAGAUCAUGCAAAAAUAAUAAGUGAAGUACUUAAAAAAUAUCCACAUUUGGUGAAAAGUAACAAGAAUAUAAAACUCAAAAUAUUAAAUAAUUCCAGCAGGAAAAAAGUAGAACCAAAAUCAGUGAAGCCCAAAAUGGAAAUUCCAGAAUACACUUAUGAAUCUGAUGUAGUAGAUUCCCAAGAAGCAGCACGUCUUAUAGCUUUAGGUGCAGAAAAUGUGAAGGGUCCUUGGAUAUGCUUAAUAUGUGGAACUCCUGGCAGAGCUUUACACUUUACGAGCUAUUAUAAUUAUCGUCGUCACCUUGUUGACAUUCACAAUGAAAAGCCAGUAUCAACAAUUUGCGAAUAUUGUGGAUUAAAAUCAUUAAAAAGAAAUUAUUUAGUGCAUCAUUUAUAUACGAAGCACGGCGUAGAUCCACCACGUGCUUUUAAUUUUCCGAAAUGUAAUGCCUGUGACUAUGUUGCAUUAUCAGAAGCUCUAUUGAUAAAGCACAAAUUAUCUCAUGGUGACAAUAGUCGCAAUUUCCGUUGUACUGUUUGUGCCGCUACUUUCCAUUCAUCUAAUUUUCUCUUGCAGCAUAUACAAAAAUCUGGUCAUAAAUUUACUGGAGAUAAGAAACCAAGCCCACAAUGCAUCUAUUGUUUCAAAGUAUUUGCUCGCGAUCCCACACUUUAUGUUCAUUUAAAAACCUGUCAUUACGAAUUAGCAAAAAGAGAUGGAGUUAUAGAGGACUCAGAUGAUGAGAGAGAUAGUAAGAUAGCUUUAGAUAAAAAAGAAAUACCUCAAAAAUACAUGGCGGUUGAUGCACCAAUUUCAUACGAGAGCCAAUUUGAAGAAACUUCUUACCAAUUUGAGCGACGCUCGGAUGGCAAAAUAGAAAUUAUGCCAAAUAAACCAGCAACAGUUCUAAGGAAGAAAAUUUUAAAUGCUGACUUAAAUAAAUCCCAACCUUCAAAUUCUACGCAGAAGGUUAUAUUGCAAGAUUUGGUCAAGUCUGAAUUUGUGGAAACUACGGAAUUAAUAAAAAAAGAUGACAAUAAUAUUGUUUUAAUAGACAACAAAGAAUAUAUAUUAACCGAUACUUAUGAAACUGAAAAUGAAGAAAUGCUACCCAAACUUACUACAAAAUCUGACUAUUCUGAUAUUCAACAUAAUGUUAGUACUGAGCCUCCUAAAGUUACAAUUGCCAAGUCUAACUCGAUCAACCAACCUAUACAAAUUGUUGUCUCAAAUGAAGAAGAAUACAAAGCCUUACUGUCGUCGCAACAUUCAAUAAUUUUUGAGGAUGGUGCCUCUGAAAAAGCACUGGCUGUGUUAACAGCAGCAAACACUUCUAAUGUUGGAGAUACAAUAAAUUUGGAUACUGCACAACCAAAUGAUAUGAUGAUUCUGCCUCAAAAUUACCCAUUAAAUAUCACAGAAGCCAACACUACAGAUAGUUCAAACAUUGUAGUUGUUUAUAGUCAUCCGGUUAAUGAAGCUAAUAAACAUUAUCAAUUAAUAACAUCUUCUGGCAUUGAAGGGCAGUUUGUACAAUCUUCAGCAAUUUUUACACAAAACUUUGAAACUGUGGCAACAGCAAGCCAUGUAGCAAUUAAUAAUAAUGCAGUUAAUAAUUCCUGGCCGGAGAAUAUACCAAUUGUUACAGCAGGAAUGCAGGUUAUUACAUCUGAUAGUCAUCAAGACAUGCCUCAAAUAGAAAUCACCCAAGCAGCUGUACAAAAUACAAUUUCUAAAGAACUUUCUAAUGUACAGGAAUCUGUCAUAAACAAUGAAGUGAACAUACAAACUAUAUCUCAGAAUACAUCCAGCACAAAUAUUCAAACUACACCUCUUAUUACUGAAAUACCAACAAAUAUACCAAACAAUAAUGUCCUUCAAGUAGAAGAAACUAUAGAAGAUCAAAGUAAAGUUGUUAUGGACACACAAACUAAUGUUGUUAUAGAUACACAAACUAAUAAUGUUAUAGAAACAACAGUUGAUAUAGAACCAAAUUCAGAUGCUUCUUUAGAACAACAUGUUACGCAAGAGCAAUCUGACUAUAAAACGGAUGAAAUCGGGGAAUCUGUUCAAACAACAGAGAAUAUAUUAUAUCAUCAAGUUGAUACUGAAUUAAAACAAGAACCCCUUACUGUAUUUGAACAGCAACAAGUGAAGGAAUUAAAAGACCCCUCAGAAAAUACAACAAGUAACCUACAAAAAAGCACCUUGGAUGAAAACGCAAUAACACAAUCAAGUCAUCAAUCUCCAGAACAACAACUCGAUGAGAGUUCUACAGAACGGCAAAUAGAAAACAUUGUUGAGCAACAAAUUACUGACGUUAUAGUCGAUCAUCACGAGUGUGAAGAAUCCCUUGGUGCAAUCAUUGUUUCAGAUAGUAAUCUUAUAUCUAUUGCACAACAGAAACAAGAUACCAUGCAUGAUAAUAUGCCUUGUGAUGAUAUACAAUUGCACGAAAUUGACCCGAAAGUUGUGCAAGAAAAUGCAAAUGGGGUAGCUAAUAUGCAAGUUGACCAAGGUUUUGUAAAACAACAGCCAGAUGUUGAACUUGCUGUAGAAGAAAUUAAAACUGACGACGAGGAAACCAUUGAAAAUAUAGCCAAGGAAAUAAGCAUUGUCCCAACGAUUUUGCAGGAACAAAUUGAAAAGAAAAAUAUUGAUAAAAACCCUGUUGUAAAAGAAAUAGCAACUUUAGCAUCUGAAUGGUCAGAAGAUGAGACUGAGAUGGAAAAACCGGAUGAAAUGCUAUCACAAGAUGAAGCUGAAGAAGGAAAUCCUAAAGAAACAGAGGGCCAAAACCCUGACCUAUUGCAAAAUGAAACAGAAGAACACCUACUUAAACUAACGCAAGAUGAAACCGGGGAAAAAACCCCUGAACAAUUGCAAGAUGAAACAGAGGAACCAAAACCUAAACUAUUACAAGGUGACACAAAGAGUAAAGAACAUGAAUUAUCGCAAGAUGAAACAAAAGGCAUACAUUCAACACAUGAACUACAAGACAAGUCUGUGUCAUCUGAUAUUCAAAAAAAUCCAGGUAAGGAAGUAGAAAACAUCAAAAUGAGAAUGAAAGAAAUUUCUUCUCUUCUUAAUGAUUGGGAAGAUAAUGACACACAAGAGGAAACUGAAACUAUAACAUCAAUCCCCACAGGAGUAAUCCAAAACACAACAGUUGCAAGCACUGAAAUCUUGACUUUUGACAAAACUACAAAAGAUGAAAUGCAGCAGAACAGUAAGCCUUGCUUGGAAGAGAAAAAUAUAAGAAAUUUGGUCAGUGACUGGGAUGAAGACGAUGAAGAAGAAAAUAAGGUUUAA